GGGCACACUCGUUCAGUAAACUCGGUCUCAUUCUCGCCGGACGGCACUCGCAUCGUCACUGGUUCAAGGGAUUCCACUGUUCGGCUGUGGGAUGCAGGGACGGGGGAGCCAGUCGGUGAGCCCUUGCGGGGGCACACUCAUCCAGUAAACUCGGUCUCGUUCUCGCCGGACGGCACUCGCAUCGUCACUGGUUCAAGGGAUUCCACUGUUCGGCUGUGGGAUGUAGUGAUGAGCCAGCCGUCCCAAUAUUGCGCUGUGUCAGAUCCUUCAGCAGUAUCAGAUGAACAUCGCGUCCUGCAUCCCAUCGAGUCCAUCACUCCCAUGACAUUGAAUACUUGGAACAAUCACUUUGUCUGCUUCUCGCCCAACUCCAUUCAUGCGUUGCGCAACACUUCUGAAUUAACGGAGGGAGUAUCCCAUGACGACCACAGUUCGACCCCCUUUUUCCUGAAUGUUGACAGUGGAUGGGUGGUGGGGCCCAAACAUCGACUCUUGUUCUGGGUACCACCCGCUUCUCGACACCCAUUCUAUAACCCUGUGACUAUAUUAGUGAUACCCAGAGGAGGUCCCGAGCUUGAUUUGAGCCGCAUGGCACAUGGACAACACUGGAAAGAAUGCCGAGAGGAACCUUAGUACCGACGAUGCUUGUAGCAAUGGAUCUAUUAUGGAGAUUUCACAUACAAUUGGACGUGAAUGAGUGUACAGUGGAUCAUACUUUGUGUUCUAUUCCAUAUCCAGUAAAUUUAGGAUUGUCCAUGUGAACGACGUGAGGUGACGGUGUGGCACUGGUGAUGUUGGUGCUAGUUUGUGAGAGCACAUAACGACGGACAAGGCAUGCCGAUUCCACCAGAAACGCCGUUCCGAGUGCGCCGUGGAUUGCGCCCAAGCGAUGCAUAUCAUCGGUGCUUUCUCGUGGCGGACUGAGAAGCUGACCAGAAGGUCAUUGUUUUUGCGGUCAUUUGUGGUCGUUCAAGCUCCGAGUACAUUCAAAGUGGGGAUGGGAUGAAACAUGUGGUUCAUUGCUAUACAGU